AUGACUCCGGCAGUUCUGUGCCUUGGCCAUUCGAGACUUUGUGAAGAAACCAGGUUGGUGAGUGGCGAGAGUUUGAUGAACGACGGUACUGCCAUUGUGGUCUUUGUGCUCAUGCUAAAGGCAGUACUUGGGGCUUCACUCGAUGCGAUGUCAGUGAUCACUUUUUUCGGUCAUAUGUCUUUGACUUCCAUAGGUUUUGGAGCUUUGAUUGGUUUGCUUGCAGUGGCGAUGAUUGGCAAAUGUGCUGAGGAACGUUUUCAUAGUGACAGCUUGAUUCAGGUCAUUACCACGCUGUGCUGUGCUUACUUAGCCUUCUUCUUGGGGGAGAGCGAGUUGGCCACCAGCGGUGUGUUGGCAACUGUGUCUGCGGGUUUCAUGGUGGCAUACUUUGCUUGGCCUCGAUUUGUCUCGGCCGAGGCAAUGGAGAUUGUUUGGGAGACAGUGGAGUUCGUCGGAAACACCGUGAUUUUCUUUUUAGCUGGAUUGCUAUUUGCAGAUACCUUACUGGACUCGGUGGGUAUCAUUCGCCCUGUGGACUUUGGAUGGCUUUUGGUGCUGUAUGUGGCCCUAUUGUUGAUCCGGACCAUCAUGUUGGGUGUCUUGUGGAUUCCACUGCACUGGGUUGGGAAUCCCAUUGAUUGGCGAGAGGGCAUUGCCAUGAUAUGGAGCGGCCUGCGAGGGGCUGUUUCUCUCACUUUGGCAAUCAUCAUUGAUGAAGAGCCUGCAGUGUCAAGGGAGAUGGGGGCUCGCAUUAUGUUCCACGUGGGUGGCAUUGCUGCGUUAACGCUUCUGGUAAACGCGACCACUGCGGCACCUUUGUUGAGGUGGUUGGGUCUGGCCAGGAGCUCGAAUGCCGAUCAGAGAAAGUUGGCAGUGUUGACAAAGCACUUGGCAGACCACACGCAAGAGAUUAAGGGACAGCUUGAUCCAGCAGACGUUCGCUUCAAGGGUAUUGAUGAGGCCAUGCUGCGCGCCAUGGUACCUUCGCUUGCAGAACACGUGAAGGUGGCAGAGGAGCUUGGGUCUGACGAGUCAUCCCAAGCUUAUCGAGAAGCCUUCCUUCAAGUGGUAAAGAGUCACUAUUGGUCAUCCAUUCAUCAAGGGCUCUUGCCCCGGACGUCGCAAUCAGCCCGACUUUUGCUGAGCUCCGUGGAUGUGGCACUGGACACUGCCGCAGAGUCUCUUUCUGAUUGGGAAGCCAUCAGAAGUUCUUUGGAGGCCUCAAGCGCACCUCUUGACCGGGGACUCUUUAGUACUUUGACCGGAGAGCAUUCGAUGGGCGACUUCAUGCAGAAAGCACAUUGCGCUUUGUCUUUCAUGGAAGCGCACAGACGUGCUCGAGAAGAAUUGCCACGUUUUUUCCACGUUGACGACUUGAAGGUGCAGCAAAUGGUGGCAGAGGAGUCUUUAGCUGAGUGCUCCCAAGCACAAGAAUUGCUGCAGGCACUACCGGAUGACUUGGUGGUGCUGGCAAGGACAGAAAUGUGUGCACGGAAACUUCUACAAGAUCAACUCCACGAAGUUGAUGAGCUGAAGGAGCGUGGCCUGUUGACAUCCGCAGAUGCCUCAAAGUUAGGACAUCACGUUCAAGCAGAACUACUAACGCUUCUUCACCGGCCCAAGAAUGACUGGCUCGCCUUGAAGGCUUGA